CCACUUUCUUGCUUCUGGGUACUUAAAACAGUGUCCAUAUCUGAUCGUACCAGAAGUUUCAAAGACACCCCGUGAAUGGAGAAACCAUAGAAAUCAAGGAGGCCAUAGUCCCGCUCUCUUUUUUUCUCUUUCUUUCUCUUUCUUUCUCCCAUACCAAACAUUAAUUGCUAGCAUUCAAUAAAGGCUAGCGGAAUUCAAGAUUUGAACGAAACUGUGAACUGAUCCCUCCUUCGUUGCUCAAACGCUUCUCUAUUUAAAUCCGAUGGUAUUUUUAUCAAAGAGCACACCGCCACAUGCUAUCUUGUUUAUCAGAUUUUGGUGGUAUAUGGGACUUGAUUGUUUCUGAAGGAAAAUCAUAUACUCAUAUGGCCAAAACCAAACUUGCUUCACUGUUCUUAUUAUAAGAUGUUGUCUGAGGCUUUGGUUUUGGCAUCUGGUAUAGAAAGCUCUUGAAUUUGAUUUUGGAGGGAUUUUGAUAUCCAGAAGCUGAUUUUGACAGAGGUUUAGGAUAAUUAGGAUGCAAAGAGUUGUGGGAAUGGAAGAGGGUAAGGACCUUGGCCAUUCUGUUAGAACAAACAUAUCAAGGGUGUUGCCGGUGAAAGCCCUCCAAUUUCUCUUGCUGUUUUUGAUCCUGGGUCUUGGUUUUUCAAUCAUUAGUAUGUACACAUUCCGGUUUUUUGCAGUCCAAGAAAUAGCCCCAGUUGGAGCAACCAGCAUUCUUCCUUGUUUUGAAGAGGCUGAGAACAUAGAAAGCUGGAUUAGGCCUCCCUCAAACCUAUUGCAUACCAUGAAUGACACUGAGCUAUUGUGGAGAGCUUCAUUUGUUCCUCAGAUCUCAAAUUAUCCUUUUAAGAGAGUUCCCAAGAUUGCCUUCAUGUUCUUGACAAAGGGGCCAUUGCCCCUAGCUCCUCUAUGGGAGAGGUUUCUCAAGGGGAAUGAAGGGCUGUACUCUAUAUACGUUCACACACUGCCAUCUUAUUUUGGUGACUAUCCAUCUUCAUCAGUAUUCCACAGGAGGCAAAUCCCAAGUCAGAUGGUGGAGUGGGGAAAGAUGAGUAUGUGUGAUGCUGAAAGGAGACUUUUGGCUAAUGCACUGCUUGAUAUUUCCAAUGAAUGGUUCAUCCUCCUAUCUGAGGCAUGCAUUCCUCUCUACAACUUCAGCAUAGUCUAUCGCUACAUAUCAAGAUCAAGAUAUAGCUUUAUGGGCUCAUUUGAUGAUGUUGGACCUUACGGAAGAGGACGGUAUGAUCAACGGAUGGAACCAGUGGUUACCCUUAGCCAAUGGCGAAAGGGGUCCCAGUGGUUUGAAGUUAACAGGAAACUAGCAGUUAGCAUGGUUGAGGACAUCACCUAUUAUCCAAAAUUUAGAGACUUCUGCCAGCCAGCGUGUUAUGUAGAUGAGCACUACUUCCCUACAAUGCUGACUAUCCAAUUUCCCCAACUCUUGGCAAAUCGGACUCUUACAUGGACAGACUGGUCAAGGGGUGGUGCUCACCCAGCAACAUUUGGUAAGGGUGACAUCAGAGAAGAAUUCUUUAGGAAAAUUUUUGAAGGUCAGUUAUGCCUUUACAAUAACCAGCCCUCUUCAUUGUGUUAUCUUUUUGCAAGAAAGUUUGCUCCUAACGCCUUGGAACCUCUAUUAGAAUUUGCUUCGACAGUUUUGGGGUAUUGACUAGGGUUACUGACAAAGAUAUUUGAUAUAUGGUGCUUUUUUUAGGAGCAAUUUGUCCCGUUUUCACCCUCAUGUAUCAGUCUUUAGGAAAACAUCAAUAUAAAAGGGAUUUUGAAUAUAUAGAGAAUUAGAUCCCAAACUUCUGGGAUAUUACACUCUGGAAGGUCUUUUGUUGUUGCUUUUUGUCGUUUUGACUGCUAUAAGAAAUGGAAGAAAACAAUAAUGUAAACCUUCCGGGUGCAUUCAUAUUGUCU